CCUUCCACACUGAUCGGCUGAUAAAUCGCGGCCAUGAACGUCCUGGAAAAGGCAGAAAAAGCCUUGGAAUACCUUAAAAACGAUGAUGGUUCCGCGAAGAGCCAUAAGCUGCAAACAGCUGCUGGGACCCUAGGAAGAUGUUUAGGGGUGCUCGGAGGCCGGCAGAACUGUUCUCGUCACUACGCCAAUCUGCUACAUUCUGCAGUUCCUACGUUAUUGGCGCUGGCCAGUAAUGAUAGCGCUGAAGUUCGCCUAUUAGGUGAUGAGGCACUCAACAGAGCUGUUGUUGGUGGAUUUGCCUUCCACUCCUAUAAGACCAAUAUUAUAUUGCAGAACCAGAUUGAUCACACUAAGAAUGCUAGAUGGAUCCGUGCAGCUUUAAACCGUAUAUGCCUGGGCGAAUGCUGGCUUCGACCUGGCGUUGGCAAGAUUCGCAACCAAGCACAAACGUUAUUUCCUAAAUUAAGUCAGAUUGUACUGCAGACCAAUGAACUGCAAGUUAUUGUUGAGACACUGGAGAACAAUCUGCCAAGGUUGUUGGUUGCUUUAGCCGAGUAUACUACUGAUGAGGAGAUUUCGGAUUUGUUAAAGGCGUUAUUAGGUCACGUGGAUUCAACGGAGCCGGCGGUAAGGCGAGGCGUUGCGAACUGUGUGGCGCAUAUAGUUUCGCAUAGAGAACUUCUACUUGGAAAUAUCUUGGGAAAAGUUUUAGAAAAGCUAUGGCCGCCAACGACAGAGAGCACCCUCAUUUUAGGAUGGUUUGGGGUGAUCAAAUCCAUAUUCCAGAUCAACGAUCUCUCCAAAUUCACAGAGAACAACAUGUUUACCGUGCAAGAUUAUUUAGAGCUCUAUCACCUUUGUGUCCAUUACAUAGAGCACACAACAGAGCAUAACAUUCAAAAUGCCGUAAUGGAAUGUCUUUCCAUUCUACUAUCUCAAGCGACUGGUCUUUACAGAAAGGCUUUAUUGGAUUCGCAUCCAAGCAUUGUGUGUUUGGACAACGUUGCUUCUAAGGGACAUAGGAGAAAUAUAAGUGCCGUGAGUGCAAUGUCAUCACGCUUCAUACCCAGCCCAAUAACAGAGCCUCGCGAUCAACUAGAGUUAUCGUUCAGCGGCGCUUUGCAACUGGAUAGUAUACUGCAGUUAAAUACACCCAGUCUAAGUGUGGAGGAUUUGACCAUACAGACCCCAAGCUCCCCAGCAAGCGACAAUGACAUACAAAUGCCAAAUUCGGAACAGUUGACUAAAGAUCUAACAGAGAAGCUCCAAGAGUUCGAGGACACGGAAUCCAAAGAUGAGGACACUGUCGACCAAGUUAGAGACGAUCACGGAAUGAGGAUUAAUAUUGGCUCGUCGACUGACGACGAUAUUCCUUUGAAAUUCUGCGCUAGAUUGUUGGCAUCAAAAUUCCUUUUGACAGGAAAUAAAGGAGACCUUAUACCAGACAGAUCGGUUCGAGUGUCAGUGAAGGCGUCCACAUUAAAUUGCCUAUCAGAAAUAUUAACUCUCUACCCACAAGCCAUGACAAUGUAUUUAGACAAGGAUGCUGACGUCAAGGGACAUAAUGUUUCUGGUUCAUCUGAAGGUACAGACUCAAACCAAGAUCAAAUAAACGAUUUCAUUCUCGAAAGAAACGUUUGCUACCAAGAUUCUUUAACUGAUUCUUUGAGCCAAGACCUUCUUAACCGCAGUAUGGAAAGUCAGCAUAGUCACCCUUCCAAGAAAGACAGUAAAGAUUGCAAAUCUUUAGAGAAGUCACAAGACAGUGUUGAACAAAAAAGUUCUUCUAAAGAUGUACAAAGCGCUAUUCUUGACAGCAGAACAAAGGAAUUAGUUGCAAGCGCUAUGACAGACAGUACUAACCCAAAUAUGUCAAUGAGUAAUUUUACAAACGUCACUAGCAAUUCUAAUAUGACGACGAGUAAUGAUCCUGGAUACCCAAUGUCCAGUAGUGGCGAUGUACUAUCGUCCUCAAUAGAUUUGGAUAUGAAAUUUGAUCACUUUGGUGAAUCGACAACUAAUUUGGAUAACGAUGCUCCUGACGGUUUUGUAGAAAAAAAUGUCAAAAGCGAAGAUUUGGAAAAAAUGGACACAGAGAAUGAUAAAGAUUUUGAAUUUCAACACAUGUCUGAUAUAUUUGUUCUAUUAGAAAGCCAUUGUGAUCCUCAAAUUAGAGGACUAGUCAGAGUAUGUAUAGGGAAUUACGUAAGCGCAUCUUUGGAACUCUCACAUGGUGAUUAUCAUAGAUGGAGGAAUUACUAUAUGCUGCCCAAAGAUGUUAGUCAGAAUAUUAGUACCGAAAAGUUGGUCGAUUUCGUUUUGAAGGGUCUCUCUGAUGAAAUUCACUCAACGGUAAACCACGCUCUAUCAUCUCUGACAAACAUCUCUAACGCACUAGCUGAAAGUGUGCAUUGGUCGCUACUUGUGACGUCAUUGAACGCUCUAUUAUCUGUCGAGAGCAAUAACUAUUGGCUGUGUAGAGUCAAUUUGUGUCGUCUGUAUGAAAAAUUGCCUUACCAAAAGCUUUUCAUUCUGUACCCUGGAUACCACACAAAAAGCAAAUUAAUAAUGGAUACCCUGUUCAGAUUGUUAGGAGAUCAAGAUCAGAAAGUGAGAGCCGCUGCAACUCAGGCCUUGACUAACAUUAUACCGAAGAUCUAUCCAUCUAAAAAACACACUCCAACCUCCAUGGUGGCAGAAAUUGCCAAAGAACAAAGUUGUCAAUUCACAUUCGAUCAUAAGAGUCUCUCUCUGGAUUUAGUUAGAGAGAUGUAUUUCUACUACGAUUUGCCAGAAUUAUUGAAGAAACGGGAAGUUAUUAACAGUGGCAAUUUGAGAAUUAUUGUCGGUGAUUUGAUGGGUAGACUUAUGAGUUCUAGUUGCAAAUUUCUUUCGCAAGGUCUUCUGGAAACACUACAAUCUAUUUGCAACAAAUGGUCACCGUGGAAGCACAUCGAGGCGUAUUCGGAACAGGGCAUACUAAGUUAUUGUCUUGAUAGCCUGGACUAUUGCAACAGCACUGUUGCCACUAGGACUAUAUUGACGGAUAUUUGCGCUUUGGUUUAUCCAGUUGAAGUUCAUGCGGUAAUGAGCCACAAAACAUCAAAUCUAGACAUCUUCGAACAUGAAACCCAAACUAAAGAUAAAUGGCAACAUCUAGACAAUGAUAAAGUUGCCAAUUUAGCAGAGAAGUUCCUACAAGUCACUUUGAAAAUGCUCAAUGUACUUGUGCAUUUGAUUGAGGAAGUUAAUCCUAAUGUGCAUUUGAAUAAAGUUGGCAUUGCCUUACCUGGUAGUCCUGUUAGGCGGAAAACUCAAGAUUCUUUACCAAGAAAAGGCAGCAUCUCCACAGAAUCCGAAGAGAAAAACACGCUACGUAAAAAAGCUACGAUUGCGUCCGCCGGACUUAAAGGCAACCUGGCUGGGCAUUUUUAUAAUGACCCGUUUUAUAUGAAGCUGUAUGAGAAUUUGAGGGCUACGUAUUCUAAUCAUAAGAUAAACUUAGAUCCAAGAAGCAGCAUGUUCCACGAUUUUCUUACAACAGUUCUAAACAGUCUGUCUGUACAACUCGAGCUAUCGACAGAAAAAGAAUUCGGAACAGUCACUGAAGAAAUACUAUUUUAUCUAAGAGUUAUUAUGCCUUUAUGUCCCGAUUUAACAGUUUAUUGCAUCACUCAGUUACUGAAAUGCCUAUUUGGAACAAACAUGGUUAAUCAGUACAAUGAUUUUAUGACUAUAAGUGGUAAAAUUGACGGGAAAGAAAAAACAAGUUUUUAUAAAGAUAUAAUAUUGAUAAAUUGUUUAGUACCUCUCGAGGAAAACUCUAGAAGAAGCAGUAUAUGUUCCAAUGCAAGUCAAAAGUUGGCAUUGGAUAGUAAAAAUCCUAAGAUGAUGGAAGAAAGGGAGUUGUUGAUGAAGAUGGAGAAUUUUUCCAAGAACAGAACGGACCGGAAAUGGAGCACUAAUAAGAAGGAGUUGGAGAGAUAUAUUAGACUUUUUGAACCUGUCGUUAUACAGGCUUUGAAGAGUUACACAAUGCAAAACGACAUACCACUGCAAUGCAAGGUGCUCUGCCUCUUAAACCAGUUACUGACACUGCGGGUCAACUACUGCAUGUUGGACAGCGAUCAAAUCUUUAUCGGUUUUCUCAUGAAGCAGUUGGACUUGGUUGAACAGCAUGAGAUACCGAAUUGCUGUGACCUUGUGAACAGUAUCCUCAUGUUCUUGGUGCAGUUAUCUUCUUCCAAACACCAUACAAAGCAAAUUAUUGAAAUACCUAAGUUGAUCCAACUGUGUGACGGUCUGAUGGCGUCAGGGGCUCACGCGGAAUGCAUCGCCGGCUUGGAACCUGUCGCGGUGAAAGUCUUCAGCAAUAUGGGAGGCGGCAGUAUCUUGGGCAGAGCGCAACAACAAGAGGCUCAAGCGACUAGAGAAGUCCUCUUUUAUAUGCUACAGAAGACCAUGCAUCAGCAUAAAGUGUUAGACCUUGUAGCCUGUGUGCUGUCUCUCUCACAAGAACACCCAGAAAGCUACUACCGUUGGUCAGAGUUGGCCUCUGACACUUUACUAAAUCUUCUAACUCAGAGGUCUAUUGAACUGGAUACGGCUGGAGCUAUAUCGUCGUUGGAAAGGCUAUUGGAUUCAGUGUACAAAGAUGUCUUAUUAGAACAGAGUAGAGUUGAAGUUCUGCUAAAGAUUUUAUUCAAAGCACCACCAGAUCAAGUCACAACGCCGUUCAAACUAAAACUCCGGUAUCUCUCGAUAAUUAUGGUUCUGCUUCGAAAAGUCCUCAUUCUAAUACCAGAAAGCGAAACGCUAUUGUCGAUCAAUUAUUUAAAAUCAACGUGCAUAUCUCCACAGUCCAUAUUCUUCAAUGUCAAAACCAACGUCGAUCCUUUGAACGUGCAAAAUAUCAAUGAGAAUUGUGCGAAUCUGUCGCCAGAUGUCGUUUUAGUCAGAUUUUUGUUCAAGACACUGACGUUUGCUAUAAUUGAGAUGGACAACUGUCAUAAUGUGUCAAACAGGGAAACAAAUGAAUGUCAUGAUUUGUUGUACGCUGUCUGCGUUAACAUUAUCGUUCAGGUUAAACAUAUGCUUCAUUUGACAGAGGGCUGCCUGUUCCCUCUAACAGCGAAGACAGCCCAAACAAUCCUGCACAACGAGCAAAGCGGUCUCAACACGGGUCUCUACAGCCCAGAGGAGAACAUACCACUGGAUCUACUAAACUUAAUUUGCUUGAGAUCCGCGCAUAGAGUGCCUUUGCUUACUGUUCAUUGGUCACAUUUACUUAUUAGAAUGAACUUUCUGACCCACAAGUACUGGCAGAAAUUAGUUGGUUUCGCUCGCAACCUCCCACUAAGCGCAGCUAGCAGUGAUACGCAUUUGUUACGCGGUGACAUCCUACAGAAUGCCUGCGUCAUGGCAUAUUGCGAAUAUUUUGUGGAAAACGGUCUGUCAGAAGUUGUCCAUCUUACCUGGUUACUAGUCAACAGAGUGCAUAUUUUAGUCAGUCAAUACAGAGAGCCUAUAGUGCAAAGUUUGGUCAACAAAGUACAGCAAACUGCGGGGGCGUCAGGACUGCUGUUACAGGCUGUCGCCGCUAGAUGUCAGAGCUGUCUUAAGGACGAAUUCGCACUGAACACGUACAAGAUCCUUUCACUCUGCCACGAGAGUCAAUCUGGUGCUCUCGUCUUCCUCAUUUGCAGAAUUAUCGGCAAGCUAGAACCAGCUCUGGCCGUCAGAUUUGCGAAAUUAGCAGUAGAUAGAUGCAAAAUGCUAAAAGAGAUGCCAGUUGAGAAAAUACAUGUACAGCUGUCUAAAGAAGACCUGCAAGUCGCAUUAGAGCUAUUACAAAGAGAUAAAGUUCAUAUUCGACACUCGUCAUUAGUGGUAGAACUCAACAGCCUAGCUUCAAGCGUGUUCGACCUUUCUCCCUUGGACUUAUCACAAGACAGGGCGAUUAAUCCGCAAUACAUUGUUACUACAAACGUGGACGCUAAUUGGUUGCUGAGUCAAGUGAAAAACAGAUGCUGCCAUACGGACUGCAGUACUCCUAAAGUGGCGAAACAUAACGAGCUUGCUUUACUCCUGUCGAACCUUUCAAAAGAGGAUCUGACAACUGUGAUGUCGUGCCCAGAGUUUGACAGAAAACUGCUCUGCUCCUGCUUCAAAGUAGCAUGUGAUAAUUACCUAAGAGAUUUCUUGAAUAUAGUAUCGGUUUAUGAGAGCAAAGAGAUUGAGAAGGAGGAUAUGAGAAACCGAAGAGAAACGGCGAGAAAAGAAGAAAUGACGUCGUCAAUCGACAGCAACAAGCUGAACGUAGUCAACAGUCUCCACGUUUUCAAAAAGAGCGAUAACAAAGACUCCAAAUCUCAGUUCUUCAUACCAAUUACAGACAAUGAAAGUUUAAAGGAAAAAUUUGGGAACCUUGAAAUUUCCGACGAAGAAACGGAACUUGUACCGCCAGAUCUACCGGAUUUAUACAAUAUCUCAUUAAUGACUUUUGACAAGAGUCUGACAGACGUCAUAAGAUUGUUCCCGAAACAAAACCGUCCUCUCAGCCAAUCUGAGAACUUCAAUUUGAAUAUAGAACAAAGUAUUGAUAGAUACACGCGACGUUGCCAUCAAGUCUUUCAGGAUAAAUUGUUUUAUCAGGAAUUUAUUACAAUACAAACCGUUUUGACUGGUCUACUAGAUGCUUUGGACAGAAUAAUCGUUUCCACAGACGAAGUCGACUGCGAUUUAUUGGAAAAAUUCCUUGAACACUUAUUACCAAUGUCUUUGGCAAAGAACAUUGCUAUAUUUUCAAUAAUGUCUUUGCAAUAUUUAUCUUUUUUGAUAAAGAAUAAGAAAAUUGUCGAAAGUCCUGUUCAUGCUGAUGUGUCGUUCAGAGCUACGGAAUUAACCACAGAUACGGUAAUAGUGGACAACGUGAUUGCGGUGACAGUUGAUAAUGUCGCUAAUGCGUUGUCAUUUAGAGAGAUAUGGUCCGAGUUGAAUUUUGACAGCAAUGUGAAUAGAACGCAGUCUGCUAUUAGCAGUCUAUAUGCGAUUGUUAAGUACUUGGUGAAGGACACAAAACCACUAAUUCUCCAGCACUACAUGCGGACAUCGGAUUCGGACAGUCCAAAACCAGAUAUCCUCAUAGUCGGAGAUAAGUUGGUCACUCUACUGGACUAUUGGGAACAAAAUUUCUACGUCACAAAAGGGGACUUUAUGGCUAAGUGUUAUAGAGAACCCAUCGAGAGCCUACUUGUUAGUUUGUCUAGAUUGGAUAUAGUAAGCAACAUAGCUCUCAUUCCACCAAUUGCGUGGUCGUCGGUCGAUGUCACAGCUAAAAAAGAUCAGCUGAACAAGAUUGAUCUGCCGCUGCAAGCAUUGCAAGAUAUGGACGUAUUAGAGGCUUUCCUGUUUAGGGUAAAUCUUAUCGGGUGGUCAUCAAAGAAACAGUUCGAAGAGAUGUGGGUUGGCUUACUCGGCGCGCUGCAAGGCAACGGACCGCACGUGGCGGUUCGCGGCAUCACGCAGCUGGUGCUGAGCGCCGCGCCGCGCGUGCGCCGCAGGCACACAGUGCACGUUCCGAGAAGCUCGCCGCGGAUCACUCCCGGAAUGCAACGCCUCCGAAACAUUCUAGUUGGUACGAAAGCGUACAAACUGUUCGACAACGUGAAUUUGGAACGAAUACCUCUCAUGAAUGACAACUUCGACGGUUAUCACUACGCUCAGUUUAAUACAGAGUACUUGAAAUUGGCUUCAGAUAUCAUAGACGAUGCCUCGUACACGGUGAGGAGGGAAGUGAAAAGAAUGAAAAAGAACAAGGAGAUAGAUGUGAACAGCUGCUUACAGUUGCUUAUGGACGUAGCUGCACAGAUGUUGGAGCCCAAGAAAAGUUGUAAUUAUGUCAGUGGUGUUCUAUUCCGGAAAUGCACUAACGAAAGCGCUAUGCAGGCGGCCACGGGGCUGGCGUGCAGCGUGGCGCUGCUGUCGUGCGUGGUGUCGUGCAGCGAGCAGUUCGCGCAGACGGGGCAGUGGUGUUACGCGGCGCAGACGCUGACGGGCGUGUGCGGGCCUGCGCACGCGCCGCUCACGCAGUACAACGCCGCGGGCCGCGCGCUGCUGCACGCGCUGGCGCGCUGCCUCGCCGUGCUGGACGGCUUCGAGGGGCUGCAGCAGGAACUAUCGACGGUACACCACAAGCUACUCAAGUCUCUCACGUCAAGCUACGCCCCGUUGCGUCAGGCUGCAUUACAAGGCUGCUUACUUCAACUCACCGGCAAGGCUCAUUACGUUGGCGGCCAGCAAUCUACGCCGAACCCUUAUCAACAAUUGGUCUCCCAGUUGAACGUCGCUGUCAGACAGUACCUAUCGCCUAGCAGCAAAAUAUCUCUUUACGAGCAAAGCCUCUACUGGACAGUGCUGUUCACAUUGAUUGAACUCGGCCAUCCGGAUUUAAUCAACAUCGCUGUUGAGUUCAUCCUAUCGAACCCUCGGCAUUAUUGCAGUGACCUGGUUGUGAAGGGAAUAACAACAACUAUCCGCCAACAAGUGUUGCCCAAAGAACUGAAGAAGACGAUCAUAGAGAAACUUUUGGAUAACAUGAAGAAUUAUAACGAAGAACACGCUGUGCAGAUACUUCUUGUGCAUCUGUUCACAGCGCACAACAAGCUACUAAGUCCAAAACUAACUUCAGACGUCUCAAACAUGGAUCCAGAUGUCCUAAUGAACUCAAUGGAACGUAUCACAUUACUGUACAAAAUGCUACGCCAAUGCAAACUUAGAGAAAACAAACAAAUUCUAACGUCUACUCUGAAAUACUUCCUUAGAGAGACCCUGCCGCCGGCAGCGAUAUUGAGUAGAGUCGUUAUAGAGUUUAUAGAGAAUUGCAAGGAGAGUGAAAAAAGGUUGCUGGGAGUUUCGAUUGAGAGGGAUUUAUGGAUACAAAGUUCGGGGUUGAACGGUGAAAUUGUUUUUGAGGUCUUCGAAGCAGCUCUGUCUCAAGACCAACUCCCGGUGCUCAGCGGCUGGCUCUUCGAAGCGUUAUGCCAUUUGUUACACGGCAAAAUAACAGAGAACCUCCUCCCUUACUGUUUGCUUACAUUACUGGUCUCCGCCAGUUCAAAUCGGUUUAUUCGAAAAAUUACACCACUGUGUUACCAUAUUUUAAAACUAGGUCUUACGAAAUGUGCAGAGAUAGAUAAUAAUUGGGGAGAUUUCGCGAGUUUUGUCAAACAAAACGGGGAAAUGACGUUUGGAGAUAAGAGGUUGUUGUGUGUUGUAGCUUUGCAUUCUGGCUUUAGCGGAUCUCAGUUGGAAAGAAUGAAGGAGUUGUGCGAUGGUAAUGAUAGUUUGAAAGAUUUAUUACAGUGUCUAACUGCUUAGGUGAUGCUAGUGAUGUUUGUAGUCCCUAGUUUCUACAUUUGACAUAGUCUAUUGCGCACUGUAUUAUUUUUUUAAAAGUAGAAUGGCAAAUGAAAGUAAUAAAGUAAUAUUUUUGAUAUAAACUUAAAUAAAUCUAAAUUCUGUAGAAUCACAAUUGGGUAGAAAGCACGCUUAACUAAUUGGUACUAAUAAGUGAUUGAAAUUAUUAUA